AUGGCGAGGCGGCGAGAGGAGGAGACCAAUCCGCGGCCGCCCGUCACGCGGGCCGGACCCGCCCUCUUCGUAUUACGCCAACGGCCAGGCCGCGUCGCCGCACAACCUCGCGCCGGCUCCGCCCCUAAGUCGCCCCUUGGCGCGCGGCCGGCGCGGACGACGCACUGCGCACGCGCGCCGCCAAAGAAGGCGCCCGAGACCGCCUCCGCCGGAAGGAGCGUCGGCGGGAGGGCGAGCGUGAGUGCGCGCGCGCGCCGCAGGCAGCCACGCCCCUCCAUGGCAACGGCCGCGGCGCGCAGGAAGCGGGCUGGCGGGGGCGGGGCCUGCGCCGCAGGGGCGGGGCCUGUGGAGGGGCGGGGCCAGGGAGCUCUAUGGGGAGAGAGCUCAAUGUAGAGAGAGAGAGAGAGAGAGAGAGAGAGAGAGACGCACACAAACAAACAAACAGGAGGGCCCCCCCAGGGGAGGCCGGCGGAGCGCGCCUUAGCAACAGGCAGCUAUUCCACAGGUGCAGCCGCCUGCGCGAGGGGGAGCAGCUUCCCCGAUUGAACACCCGCCUGCCCCUCUGCGCAGGUGGGGCGGGGGGGUCCGAGGGGCGGGGCCUGGAGAGGAGGGACCCCCCAUCUCAAGAAUACCCCUAGUGACCCUGGCCCCCUUUUCUCUCCCCCAAUGCAGCUGGGGGGUCAGCCCCCCACGAAGGGGGUUCGGAGCCUGAAGCAGGUGGGGGCACACAGGGCCCCAGGCCAGCUCCCCCCUCCAUUCCAGGGAGGGGGGCCCCGCUGCAGCAGGGCGAUCCCCUUGGAGGGGGCCGGGGGGUCCGGGCAGUGGGGGGAGGCAGGAGGGACCCCCAGGCGCGGCCACGGGCCCGACUGGGAGCUGGGGGGCGGGGGAGACGCGGGCCGCCCCCUCCCCGCCUGCUGGGGGGUCUUUCCCCCCCUCGCCCCCUCAGGUCGCGGGGGCGUGCCGGCUCCGGGUGGGGGCGCUGGGGGGGCUCGGCCGCCCGGCCCUCGGCAUCCCCCCUCGCGGCCCCCCGCUCCGGCUGCUGCGUCACUGGCGCUCCGCGGGAGGAUGGAGCCGCAGAGGGUCCCGCUCCGCCGCCCCUGAGAGCCCCGGCCCACCGGGGAGGGACCCCCACCCCCCGCGGGUAAGGGGGCGCGGGCGAGAGGGACCCCGAGAGCGGAGCCGGCACGGGGGGCGCCCCCGCCCCUUCCCCGCAGGAGACCCCCCCCCCGCACGCAGGAGACCCCCCCCCCGCCCGCCCGCACUCGGGGGGCCCUUUGGGGGCGGAGCCUGACCCCCGUCUCUCCCCCCCCCCCGCUGCAGGUGGGGCGCAAUGUGAUGGCGAGUGAGCCUCCCGCCACCCCCGCCUCGGCCCGGCUGACCCGGACGAGCGCCCGCCUGACCUCGGGGCCCUGGAAGCGGCCGGCGGCCGGCAGCGGAGGGGCGCCCCCCUCGCCCUGCUCCCCGCCGGCGCCCGGGGGGCCCAGCGCAGCCCCUCCCGGCUGGCCCCGCUUCUGGGAGGGCCAGGAUGUCCUGGCGCGCUGGACCGACGGCCUCCUCUACCUGGGCACCAUCAAGAAGGUCAGUGGCUGCCCCUCCCCUCGGGGUCAGGGGGGUCCGUCCCCCCGGCUGGGGGUCUCUGCUCACCCCCUCCCCCCCUCCGGCAGGUGGACCCCCUCCGGCAGGUGUGCCUGGUGCAGUUUGAGGACGACUCCCAGUUCCUUGUGCUCUGGAAGGACAUCAACCCAGGUCAGUGGGAGAUGCCCCCCACCCCCUGGCUAACACCCCCCCCCCGCCACCCUGGGCCGCCUCUUUGGGGUCCCCCACAGUCUCCACCCCCUGCUCCCCACCCUGCCUUGUUCUGUAGGGAUGACCCCAGUGCAGAGUUCACCUGUGGAACUCCGAGAUAUCAGUGGCUCCUAAGCAGGAUGGUUCUGAAUGGCCGGUUCCUGGAAGCCGCUGGGGGGGGGGCCGUUCCCUGGCUGCCCAGGGUGGGAAGGGGAGGCUGGAUCAGAGGAGAACCCCCUUUGGCCCCAUCCAGCAGACACUUCUUAUUUCCCGAUGGAGCCUCCAACUCCAGAGGCAGUCUUAUCUUGCUUCUGAGGCUCUUGGGGCAGGAACCCAGCUGCCCUUGGGGGGGGACUGGCCCCUCACGCCCCCCCUGCCUUUUCUCCUAGCGGCAGUGCCUGGGGAGGAGCAGUCCUGCUGCGUGUGCCAUUCGGAGGCCGUGAGCCCAGACAACCGGCUGGUGCGGUGCGAGAAAUGCAGCCACGGUGAGUCCGCCAAAGGAGCCCCACAAGCUGCCCCUGGUGCCCCCCCAUUGCCCCACUGAUGACCCUCCUUCCUCCCCCCCCCCCCGCAGCCUACCACCAGGAAUGCCACCUGCCCCGGGUGCUGAGCGAUGGGGCCUGGACGUGCCGGCAGUGUGUCUUUGCUGUGGCCACCAAGGUAAGAGGGUCUCCUCUGCCCCACAGUUGGAAGGGACCCCCAGAGGUCCUCUGUCCCAGCCCCACGGCUCUCCCUCUGCCAUAGACCAGCCUGCGGUGGCGAGAGCCUGCAUGGGGUGGGGCCCCCCUUCUGCGCCCCACGCACUGACUCUGCCCCACGGCUUUCCUCCUUCCACAGCGGGGCGGUGCCCUCAAGAAGGGGCCCUACGCCAAGGCCAUGCUGGGCAUGAAGCUGGUGCUGCCCUACCAGCUGAAGGCCCUGGAGUGGGACGCCGAGCACCUUGCCAACCGACAGCAGUGCUACUGCUACUGUGGGGGCCCCGGAGAGUGAGUCUGCCCCCCCGGCAGGGGGGUGGCGGAAGGGGGGGCUUGUGGGGAGGAGGAAGGGCGCCUCUGGAACCGGAGGGGGCUGUGUGCUGGGGGUGCUCAGCUGACCGGCCCCUCUCUUCCUCUGCCUCAGGUGGAACCUGAAGAUGCUGCAGUGCCGCUGCUGCGCCCAGUGGUUCCACGAGGCCUGCACCCAGUGCCUGAGCAAGCCGCUGCUCUACGGGGACAGGUGAGGGGCAGCCCGGGGGGGGAGGGGGUCAGAGGGUGCAGGCGUCUUGUGACUGACCCCCCUUGGCUCCACCCGGCAGGUUCUACGUCUUUGAGUGCUGCGUCUGCACGGGAGGCCCAGAGAGCGUCCGGCGUCUCCCCCUGAGAUGGUGAGGGGGCGCUUUGGGGCGGGCAGUGGGGCGGAAGCACAAGAGAGCAAUGCAGCGGCCUGGCUCCAGGGAGGCCUGCCUGGCCCCAGCCCAGACUCGGUCACGGGAUCGGGCCCCACCUUGGGCAGGAGGUCCCUGCAUCUUGGGGGGUUGGACUGGAUGACCCUCGGGGUCCCUGCCAACUGUCAUUCCAUAUAAAAGCAGUUUAAAGAGAGCCAGAGGAAGGUGGGUCCUUAAAAAAACACACCCACAUCUUGAGUGUACCCUGAUCCACUUGGGCCCUUUAAUUAACAGCUUCCUGUUUAUCACUUGAUUUCCAAAUACACCACUUGGGAUAAUUGGGACAGACUUGGUAACUUAGAAUAAGUCCAUCCGAAUUAAGCAGCUGAUCUAGAAAGCAAAGAGAGCAGAACGGGGAAGGAGGUUUUGGCGCCAGAGCGAAGGAAGCCGCCACCUCAAGGGCCAGGAGGCACCGGGAGGGCGUGGGGGCCGGGAGGGUGGGGGGCUGCGCUGAGGGAUUCCCGCCUGCCCCCCCCCCCGCAGGGUGGACGUGGCCCACCUCAUCCUCUACCACCUCAGCAUCUGCUGCAAGAAGAAGUACUUUGACUUUGAGCGCGAGAUCCUGCCCUUCGCCAGCGAGAACUGGGACAGCCUCCUGCUGGGCGAGGUGAGGCUGGUGGGGGAAGGGAUCCUGGGGGUGGGAGAAGAGCGGGGGGGGGGGACAAGACUCUGAAUCCCAGGGUUGUGGGUUCGAGUCCCAUGCGGGGCAAAACAUUCUUGAAUUGCAGGGGAUGGGACCCGAUAAAAGUCUAGGAUCCCUUUAAUGUUGGGGAUUGGCAGUGUGGGCCAGGAGGCAGGAUCCGCCCCCCAUGAAGAAGGGGCCUCAGGGUGGGGCACCCUGGCCUGCGGGGGUCUGAUGCUGCCCCUUUCCCCACAGCUCUCGGACACCCCGAAGGGGGAGCGCUACAGCCAGCUGCUAAACGCCCUGACGGGACACAAGGACAGGUGAGGGGGUGGCAGGCCUGGCGUGGGCCGGCGGACCCCUGGGGGGCCGCGGGGGCUGGGUUCAAGAGCUGCCCCAUCACAGCCGCCUCCUCUGCAGGUUCAUCUCCGGGAAGGAGAUCAAGAAGCGCAAGGGCCUCUUUGGGCUGCACUGCCGCGUCCCCCCACCCGCCCCCCAGGGGGCCGACGGCUCCGGGGACGCGCCCAGGACCCCCUUCAUCGCGGGAAGCAGGUGAGCCGGGGGUCUCCCCCACCCCGAGGGGGUGGGAAAGGGGGCAGUGGCCUCCCCCCGCCUUUGCUCCUCCGGCACCCCCCUCCGUGCCGUGCAGAUAAGGAGGGUCUCUUACAGCUUCCUUUCAGGGCAGGGCAGGCGUGGGAAGGGGCCGGAGCGCCCGAGGGCCGGGCGGCGGGGGCAGCCGCGGCAGCAGCCACAGCGCCGGCGAAAGAGGCAGCCGCCGGCCCCGAGUGGCAGCGGGGGGCAGUGGGCGCAGCAGGAGGAGGAGGAGCAGCAGCAGCAGCGGAGCACCCGGGAGAGGGAGCGCCUGGAGAGGGCCCUCACUCAGGUAGGCGGGGGCCAGGAAGGGCAGGGGGCAGGCCGGGGGGGCCCCCUGCUGCGUCCCGCUCAAGAGCCCCCUCCCCUCUCUCCGCCCCCAGGCGGUGGUGCAGCACCCAGUCAGCGCUAACCAGAGCUACAGCGGCUACGGCGGCACUUCCAGCUCCUACAACUUCCGCCGCACCGACGCCCGCUGCCAGGACAGGUGAGGGGGCAAGCAAGGCAGCCCCACGGCGGGGGGGGGGGAGGCAUUCCCCGCCCCACGCUGACGGCCUGCCUCUCUCUCCCCCAUCCUGCAGCGCCCCGAUCCGGAUGUUCGCCUCCUUCCAUCCCUCGGCCAACACUGCAGGGACCUUGAGGUGAGGACGGAGGGAGGGGUGCGCCCCACCUUCCCCAGGGGGGCUUGGAUGGAAGUGGGGGGCUUCACUGGGCCCCACCACCACUCUAGGGGAAGCCCAGCACAGCCCCCUGCCCCCGGGGCCAGCCCCAAACCCCCAAGAGGCUGCUCUCCAGUCUGUGGGGUGAGCGGCCUCAUGAAUGGCUGUUUGGCCCUGGAUUGGAUGGGGAGGGAACGCCAAGGAUCAUCCGGUCCACCCCCUUGCCGUCAGACAAGUUGCCCCCUCUGAGACACCGACCUCUGCCAGGUCAGGGCGGCCCCUGUGAGCCCCAUCCUCCUCCAGUUGGAGCAUUGGACUAGGACCUGGGAGAGACCAGGCUUCAAAUCCCCACUCAACUGUGAAGCGGACCAGCCGGCCUUGAAGUCAGCUAUCGUUCCUCUAGCCUACUUCACUGGGUUGUUGUGAGGAGGCAGUGGGAGGCAGGAGGAGGGGGGUGCGCCUCUCCUUCCCCAGAGGUUGGACGCCCGUCUGUCAGGGACCCUCGAGUUCCUGCUUCCCGCACUGCAAGCGCUGCUGGGAGUUGUAGCGCUGGUCGUCCAGGGCAGGCGGGGGGCAAACUGAGGUUCGGGGUGACUGGCUGCAGCAAGUGACCCCCUUUCCUUCUGCAGCACCAGCCGCGGAGCCCCCCUCGACCCCGGUGACGCCGCCCCUGCGGAGCGGGGCAGCCCAGAGCGAUCUCCGGCGGAUGACGGCCCCGCCCCCCGGACACUCCUGCGCCGACACUCUGCGCCGCCGGCCCCCAAGCGGCCCCCGCCGGCUGCCCCGGCCCCCUCGGCCCUCUGCGUGGCCCCCGGCGGCCCCGCCAGCUCGGGCUACUUUGGACCCAUGGGGCGGCUGGCGCGGGGGGAGGCGGUGCGCAUCCUGGCUCGUCGCGUCACCACCGAGGGCACCGUGCAGUACCUGGUGGAGUGGGAGGGGGGCAGCAUGUUCUAGGGGCCCCAAAGCGGGACCCCGAGGGGCCCCCAAUGUGCCUGGCCAAGGAGAGAGCAACAAGUGCAAUUCUGGGGGGCAGGCCGUGGGGCGGCUCCCCCUACCCGCUUGAGGAAUGUGGACUGUGCCAUUUCUUGCUCUUGGGGGGGCAGGAGACCCCCAAGUUUCUUCUAUUUGCUGCUGCCGCUGCUCCCCACCCCCCAUAUCGUCGUCUUGGACCCCAAAAAGAGUUUGAGUCCUGCUUAUUUUUUUACUGUUUGUUGGUUAAAGGUAUUAUUUAAAGAGGCCUGAGUGGGAGAGAGAGAGAGAGCGCGCCCCCCUCGGCUGCCCCCCAAACACACACAGCCCCCCUUGCGCCUGUAGUACUGCCUCUGCUGCUGCUAGACUGACUGUUGUACAAAGCACUUCCGAAUAAAAGAGCUUCUGGGCAAGACUUUGCCGCCUGCAGCUGCUUCCUGGGGCCCAAGACCCCCCCCCCAAAAAAACCCACCUAAAAGCAUCAGAAGCACCUGCCGGAACAGGCCCGUCCAGCCCAGCCUCCUGGCCAAAACCCCCAAGGACUCGAGAUAGACUGCUGCUGGGCCUGGAGGCUCCAUUGGCAGGCCAAAGGCAGCCCACAGGCAGGACUGCUGGGGUGGCUGGGUCAGGAGAGGACGAGGCUCUGAAUCUCAGGGUUGCGGG